AUGUGCCAAAUGAUCAACACCACUGAGCUCUGUAUCAACUGCGGCAAGACCGUUGGCACGAAGCUCAAGCGAGACAAGUGUCCGCAUUACGGCACCACCAGAUGCAAGCAGGAAAACCUAUAUGUCACGAAGAAAUUCUCCGCGAGCAACUGCUCCAAGUGCUCAAAGGAUGGGAAGAAGAGUGGAAAGAAAUAUUCACUUGCUCGGAAGGGUAUUCUAGAGCUGGCUCUAUGGCUAAUGGGAUACUAUUAA